UCUAACAAUAGAGUUCGGAAUAAUUGAUCCUGGAACAUAUUAAUGUAUAUAUUAAUGGUACAUUUGUAUUGCAGAUGCUGUUGGAUACUCAAGCUGUAAAGACAAUUCUUUUGGAAAUUCCUUCCCUUGGUCGACAGACAUCUGGUGCUGCUGGCUAUUCAAAAUUUGUAAGUCGAGAGAUGAGCAAAGCCGAAGCACUUUUGAAGGUUAUACUAUCUCCUGUUGAUUCAGUGGCGGAUACAUACCGUGCGUUGCUCCCAGAGGGAACACCGAUGGAGUUUCAGCGUAUUUUAGAGCUCAAGGGCCUCAAGAAAUCGGACCAACAAAGUAUCUUAGACGACUUCAACAAAGGGUCGCCGGUAAUCUCACAACCUUCUGGGGCAGCAGCAGCAGCUAGCCAGGCAAUUCCACAAGCCCAGUCUGCGACUACAGUUCCAGCCAUGUCAAAUCCUGCUUCAGCUGGAUUUAUAGCUUCUCGGGAAGAUGUGCUAACAAGAGCAGCUGCUCUUGGACGCGGUGCUGCGACUACAGGGUUCAAGAGGUUCCUUGCUUUAACCGAAGCUGCCAAGGACCGUAAAGAUGGCCCUUUCAGAAAGCUCUUCAAUGCAUGAUUAUUGCACACGUGUUUAUUGCAGCAUUUUCAACAAUGGUUCGACAAAGGGGGAAUAUGAUUCUCUUAGGAUGCGGGCUGCCAAACUGAUGAGACAGAAUAGUCGUUGAUU